GAUUCAUCCCUUUCGCGGCUCCUCGUUUUGAAGCGGAGCUCGAGCUCGGCAUCGAGUUCAGAGGGGCGAUUGAAAGAAGGGAGAGUAGAAACCCUAGAAAUUCUCCGAGAUGAUUCUUCGAACCCCGCCGCAGAAGAAGAGACUGGCCCUAGAUCCCUCCAGCCCCGUUUCCGAUCGCCGUGUCGUUGUUUACAAUGACCCCGCUCCCAUCUCCUCUCUCGAUCCUUCUGAGCAGAUGGUCUGCACCUACCACUGCCGCCAGAUGGUUAAAUCAGAAUUCAUGGUUGCAUUGGACAAAGCAGAGAAGCAAGUGGCUGAGUAUCAAUCCAAGCUAGAGGCCAUGAAUAAUGAGCUGACCAAGAGUGAAGAACAGCAGCAGAAAUGCCAAGCCCACCUCUUGUUUGUAGAACAGGAGCUUGAGGCAUCCAAAGGGCGUGAACAAGCAUUACAAGAGCGUAUUUUGAAGGAGGUCAAUGAUUCUCAAGAGCGGUACAUUACACAAUUGAAACAUUGCAGUGAACUAGAGGUACAACUUAAAAAAGAAAUUGAGCUUCGUAAGAAAGCUGAAUCUAUAGCAACUUCAGCUAAUGAGAGGGUUUUAGAACUACAAGGACAACUCACACGGCUUUCUGAAAGCACUGGAAGGGAGAAAGCACAUAUGGAGAAGGAACUCUCAUAUCUUCAAGAUGAUUCGGAAUUUUCAAUCUCAAGAAUCAAAGUUGAACUUGAAAAGAUGAGAUUGAGAGCCGAAAAUUCUGAGAAAGAGGCAAUGCUAUUGGAAGUUCAGUUAGGAGACUUAAGGGAUCAGUUAAAUGAGUGCCUUCAUCAAAAAAGUGAGUUGGAACAAAAAUUAUCCAGUUCCAGUGCAUCUUCACAUGAUGUUAAUCUCUCGGAGAACCAAACUUUGGUGAAACAUCUUCAAGAGGAGCUUCGAAGCUAUGAGACUGAAUUGCUAGAAGCAAGGAAAAUAAAGUCUUUUCACAUGAAUAAUGAGUUACUGAAGGAGAAGCUAUUGGAGGAAAAGACAUGUAGAGAGAAGGCGGAAAUGGAACUUUUAAAAUUGGAAGAGCUCCAACUUAAUGCACGGAAACUAGAGGAUGAAUUAAUUUCCUGGAGAUCUUUGCUCGGAGAGAUUCCAGAUGUAUCAUGCUUUAAUGAUAUCCCUGUCAAGUUUGCAGCUUUACAGAAGGAAGUGCUUGAAAGCAUGAUGAAAGCUGGUGAAUUGGGUGCACGUGUGAAAGAGUUGGAAGUUUCUUUGGAAAUGGCAGAACUUAGCAAACAAAAUGCCGAAAAGGAUUGUGCCUUGGCCAAAGACAAAGCAGAAAGCUCUGCUUUGGAGGUUAAGCGUCUUGAGUUAAUGCUUUCUUCAGUUACGGUAGAAAGAGACAAUUUAAAAAAGGAAAUUAGUGGAAGCAACAAGCCAAGAAGUGGGCAUGAAGAGCACCAAUUGUCAAAUGAUAGACUUGUUAAGGAUCUGGAAUCAUCUAUCACUGCAAAGGAGAAUGCUAUUAGAGAAUUGGAAAACAAUUUAAAUGAUCAAAGACAAAUCAUAAAUCGUCAGCAUAAUGAUCUGGAGCAAAUGAAUGAUAAACUUGCCAUUGAAGCAAGAAGAAUAAAGUCUUUGGAGCGUGAAGGCGAUAGGUUACGUUCUGAAAUUUCUUUGCUAGAGUCGAAGGUGGGCCAUGGUGAUUACUCUACAGCAAACACAAAGGUGUUGCGCAUGGUUAACACUUUAGCAGUUGAUAAUGAAGCAAAACAUACCAUAGAAGCAUUGCAGUCUGAACUACAAAAAACACAGGCAAAGCUUCAGGCUGUUGAAGAAUUAAAAGGACAAUCAGAUGCUGGAAAAAUAAUGGAUGCUGAUAUACCUGAGAAACUUGCACAACUCAAAGGACAAAUUGCGACUCUGGAGAAGCGAGAAGAAAGAUACAAGGCGGUUUUUGCGGAGAAAAUUUCAGUUUUUAGAAGGGCUUGCUGCUCACUUUUUGGCUACAAGAUUGUAAUGGAUGAUCAACAACGACCUAAUGGAAUUCCAAUAACAAGAUUUACCCUCCAAUCCAUCUAUGCCCAAAGUGAUGAUGAGAAGCUUGAAUUUGACUAUGAGUCUGGAAAUGCAAGCAUUUUGGUUAAUGAGUACACAUCCCAGCCAGAGAUAUUUCACCAGGUGGAAAUAUUCGUCAAGAAAUGGAAUUCAAUACCUGCUUUCACUGCUAACAUAACCAUGGAAUCCUUCAACAAGCGAACCUUAUCAUGAAGUCCUUCCAAAUUCCAAGUAACACAAUAAACCAUCUGGUGAGUUUUGUACUUCAUUUUACUCUGAAAGCAUGGAUAUGAAAAUGAUGGUACAAUUCCUUUUGAGUUUUCUUUUCCUCACCAUCAUUGGUUCCCUGUGUACCUAAAAUGUUUCAACUUGAGAAAAACAUGUGUCUUUUAUCUUCUCCUCCAUUCAUUAUUACCUUUUCUUUUGUUGAAUCUCUUGUCAUUAUUUAAUUUCUUUUCCACACUCUAUUAAUUACUGUUGGAUAUCGUGUUGAAUUUGA